AUGGAAGGCUCUGCUUCAGAAGAGGAAACAGAAGUCGACGAAUCCACGCAGGAGGAAAUUGAACAAAUUGAGGAAUCCGUCCAAGAGGCAAAUGAACACAUGGAGCAAAUGGAGCAAACUCUCCAAGAGGAAAUAGAACAACUGCAGCAAGCCGCACAAGAGGAAAGGGAACAGACGGAGCAAGCCGUACAUGAGGAAAUGGAACAAAUGGAGCAGGCCGUACAUGAGGAAAUGGCACAAAUGGUGCAUGAGCUAGAAGAGGAAGUCGGACACGAGGAAAGUGUUCAAGACGAACAGGUGCUGGAAACUGCAGAAACCGCACUCACUGAUGAGGAAAGGGAAGCAAUGUUGCAAUCCGUCCAUGACCAGGUCAGUGAGGGUAUAGAAAAACAGGUGUAUGAAGCUAUGUUUAAUGUACUUGUGCCAGAAGACAGCACAGUGGAAGAGCCAGAGGAGGAAGUAUUGAGUCGAAGCGUCAGGGCAGCACCAAACAAGAAGGGCCGUGUGGAAACCGGUGAAGAAGAUGUGGAUGGAGACACAAAGGGCAAACGGCGUAAUAAUAUCAAAAAGGGAGGUUCGGCUGAUGGUUUGGUCAAUGAUGAAUAUUUCCUCAGCCCCGACCACCCCAGAAACAGAAAGCAAGAGAACGGCAAAGACGAGGACGACAAGGAAAUGUCAGGAGACGGAUCGGGCAGUGGCAGUGGUGACGGAGAAGGCAAGGCGUACGGGCGGGAGAAGGCUGGAGGCCAAGGGAAGCCUGAAGGCAAAGGCAAGCCUGAAGGCAAAGGCAAGCCUGAAGGUAAAGGGAAGCCUGAAGGCAAAGGAAAGGCUGCAGAGAAGGGCAAGGCUGGAGAGAAGGGCAAGGCUGCAGAGAAGGGCAAGGCUCAAGGCAAAGCAAAAUGGUGGGAGAGAAGCGAGGCGGAGAAAGAACUUGAAGUCGAAAAGGAGAAAGAGAUGCAGAAAGCAGUUAAAGGAGAGAUGAAACAAUUGGUCAAGAAUUUGAUUAUGGAAUCCCUGAGUGAAAUUACGGAGGAGGAACAAGAUGGAGAGACAGUGGAAGGGCAAAAGAAGAAGCCUGAUACAGAAGAAAUAAAAUCUGCUUUGGCAGAUAUCAAGGCAAAGAUGGGGAAAGGCAAGGGCAGCAAAGGAAAACAGGCAACGGCCACCGAAACCGAAGAGGAAGAAGUUGUAGAUGCGGGGGAAAAAGAGAGCCGGCUGCAGAAGAUGCGGCAGCAGCUUUUGAGUCGAAAGGGCAGGGAGGCGACCUUGGGAGAGUCUUCUUCAGAGGCCAAGGACCUAAGCAACCUGCAGGGCUCCAGCAUCGCCGUGCUUGUAGCUGGAACCGCCAUGCUGCUGCUCGCCGUGGGACUGAUGGUGCAGAACAGGAGGAUGGUCAGCGCCAUCCUCCAGGGUGACAGCCACAUCCCCGGGCGCGUGAGCUCGGAGUGGGCGGCUGAGGCAGGCGCAGUGCCCGGCAAGGCCUUCCACGUCCAGUAAGCUACGGACCUGACGGACCGACCAGCAACCAAACACAUCGGACAAACGGACCAACACAAUUUCAAUUCUGAUAGUAAGAACGAGAAUCUAGUUACCCUCUAGUCUCUUACAUAGUCUCAUCUAACAAUCCUGUGUCAAGAAAACAGGGUCGUCAUAUAUUUCAUUCAACUAGCAGCAAAGACUUUUUCAAAAUUGAACAUCCUGAGAUUUGCAACUAUAUCCUCAAUGCCAUGUAACACCUGGCACAAUUAUCGUAACUGUUACAUAUAAAUACUGUCCUAAAUCACGAGACGGAUAUGAUGUGUUUGUUGAAAAGCGCGGAUUACGGACAACGAAUCGGAAUCAUUUUGUCGUGUGCUGUGAUCUAAGUCAAACGUACUAGUUUCUUAUUAAAUGCUUCGCUGUGUGCGGAAGAGCUUCCAAAUCGCUAUUUUGUUCAUGCUACUUUGGCAACUUGUAUUCAUUCGUCGCAACUGCACUAAUUGUAACAAACGCAGACCCAUGAAGUAGUGAUCUGCCCUGCGAUAUUUCCUGUUCUUCAUGCCAUCUGAGGCACUGGAAUGUUCGUCGGGAUGUGUUGUUGUGUAGAACGAGAUGCUUUGUGAGUAAACUCCUGAUGCUUUUGCUUCCUUGAACCCUGUCAUACAUUUGCUAUUUGUGUUGGUUGUACCUGCGACACACGUGUGUAAUAAACAUAUAUCAUCACAUCAA